UAGAACUAGCCAUAAUUUAACUACAAAAAACAUGGAAGAUAAAACUUUUGUUUGGAAUCCUGAGCUAGUUACCAAGUUUUUAGAGGCACGAUUUGAAAACGAAUGGUUAUUUCAGAAAAAGAAACAACCAUGGAAGGAAUUUCAUAGCAUACUCCUUGAAAGUGGAUUUCCUCAAGAAAUGACAAUUGACCAUGUUAGAAAGAAAUGGUCAUAUACAUAUGAUAUGUACAAAAUAGCCAAAAAAACUAAAAAUAAAAGUUGGAAGUACUACAAAUUAUUUGAAAAGAACUUAGAAAUAUCCAAAGCUUUAGAGAAAUAUGCAUCAUGGAGUAAUGAGUGGCGAUUGAAAUUAAUCUGCUCUAUAUCUGAGACUAAGAAGUCCAAGAUGGAUUUCCAUACAAUGUGGAGGAUGGUAGAAAAAUCAUUGCGAAUGGAAGAUUUGCCUGUUGAUUGUUACAUACAGGAUCUGAAAGGCUUGUGGCAUCAUAUAAGAAUGAUAUUUCAGCGUAAACAUAGAAGUAAAUUGAGAAAUGGUACGGGUGGUGCGGAUGAUUGGCCGCUAUACAAGCCAAUGUUGACUUACUACCAGAUGUUUGAACCCAGUUAUCUAGCUUGUAUAGAAUCAGAUUCGCCGAGUAAAUUCGUCGGUGAAAAGAAAAAGACAGACAAAACUUUCCAGGGCUUCUACAAUGACAGAAAAGAGAAUUGUACCGAAGAAUUUCAAUGGUCUAAAGAUAUCACUGAAUCGUUCAUACAAAUUCGUCUGCAGAACGAUUGGUUAUUCAGAGAAAGGAAAUGGGCAUGGAACGAAUUAAAGAAGAUUAUGGCAGAAGAGUACGAUUUUCCGACUGUGCUCACGGGGAGGGAACUCUGCAAGAAGUGGGCAUCGACUUAUUCUGAAUAUCAAAAGGCGAAAGCGACUAAUAACAAGAGUUGGGUGUACUACACGAUUUUCGAGUUGUACCUGGGAGAGGGCAGUAUGAACCCUAUCAUUGAUUGGCAGGAGGAAUGGGUGUUUAACUUGAUCAGCUCGCGGACAGAUUUGCGCCAUCUUUUCAGAUGUACUAAGGAUCAAAUUAAAGGUUGGAGAGAAGUCGAGAGGAAGCUGCGUAACAUCGGUAUACCUAUAGACCACAGUCUGUUGAACAUAUCAGAAAUAUGGACGUACUUGUUGAAGACAUUUAAGUGGAAACAGAAGUUCGCUAAACAAGGUCUGCUCAACGAACAAUGGCCGUACUAUGAUGCACUCGCGAGUUACUUUGAUUUAGAGCAGCAAUACAUGUUGGACAAAAAUAAAGAUAUGAACGUAGAAGUGGAAGUGACGCCUGUAGAUGAGGAUGAAUACGAAGAUGACAUGAAACUGCUUGAUCUGAAGCAGCUGCUGCAGGUGAAGCCGGAGAAGGAAUGCGCAGGACAGUGCAGGUCCUGUUUCAAUGAGCCGGGUUGUGUCAAUGUGUUUCAGGAGAAAGACGAAGAUGGCGUCGAAUUAUCUUACAAGUUGAAGCUCAUUGGAGGUAUCCAGGUGGAUCAAUCCGAUAGUUUGCCUUCACAGAUAUGUCUAAAUUGUGCAAAUCAAUUAGAAAACGCUUACAAAUUCCGACGGAAAUGUCAAGAAAUAGAUCGUCAGUUACGAAACAAUUGUGUACAAGAAAGGAUAAAAGUAGAACAUAUAGCUGAAGCUAAUGAAAGCGCGGGAGAGAAUUUACACAAUCAUGGGGCUAAUAACGAUUUAAUGGACACUUGCCCUAAUGAUUAUCUUAUGUCCAUAGAUAAGAAACCAAAUGUAAAGCAAGUUAGAACUAAUAAACAAAACGUUAUAAGAAAAAAGAGAACUCGCAAAUUGAUAUAUCGUUAUUGGAAGGUUUGCGAAAUAUGCGGGAAAAAUACGAGCAAUCUUGUCGCCCAUCUUGACAUGCACACAGCCGGCAAAUCUUACUCUUGUGAUUUGUGUGAUAAGAAAUUUAAAUAUAAAAGUGGUUUGCUAUUACAUAAAUCGUCACAUAACGCUACACCUAGAAAGACUUGCGAAGUUUGCGGGAAGACAUUCCACGUGUUGGCUCAGUACAGAAGACACUUUGCAUAUCAUGCCAACGAGAGGAAAUUCAGCUGUGACAUUUGCGGGAAACGGUUCAAUUCAAUGGAGAUAUUGAAGGUACAUCAUAGAAUACAUACAGACGAGAGGCCAUUCCCAUGUCCUGAAUGUGGUAAGACGUUCAGAACUGCGGGAUGUGUCAGUAGACAUAAACGAAUUGUGCACAAAAGUUCAAAAAAUAAAUAAAGUUAUUAGUUUAGUUCGUAUUAAUAUGUGUU